AUGAAUCAAAGAUUUCUAGUACAACAAUUAAGAUAUACAUGUGAGCAUGAAAUGCAGAAAAGUGAACCUAACAUAAAGUUGAUUGCUCAACAAGAAAGAAUAAACUCCUGUAAACAAGAACCACAAAUUUUUGUAAUUGAGCUGAAUAAAAGAGCUAUUGCUCAACAAAAUAGAAGAGAAGGUGAAAGAGCUGAGAAUUCAAAAGAAAGCAACAUAAAAGAAAAGUUAAUGAACAACAAGCUGGAAGAGAAACAAGAGAAUGUAAGACAUAAUCUUGGAUGUAUGGAUGCAGUUUGUGUUCAUUGUAGAGUACUCUAUUGGUUAGAUGAACGUUUGGUAAACUCUUUAAAGACAAAUCUGAAAUUUAAAAAAUGUUGUAAUCAUGAGCAAGUUAUUCUUCCACUUCUUUCACACAUGUUUACUUCACUUGGAGUAACUAUUGACCAUGCAGUUCUUGAUGAACAAGAAAGUAACUCUGAAAAUGAUUUAGCUGUCUAUCAUUAUUUCAAUAGUGCAAUGGACAGACGCCAGUAUAAUCUGCUAACUUCAGGUAAAAUAGCUAUUAUUUUACCUGGUGAUAGGUCAACUCCUAAAGCAAUACGCAAUAUUAGAUCUCAUUUAGCACGCAAAAUACGUCAAACUUUACUUAAUAAUAAUGGAUAUCCUUUCAAAGAUCAAAGCAGAGCACCUCAUCUCACAUAG